AUGCGCGAGUUACGCGCGGAGGUGCUGAUUCCGCUGCUGUUGCAAGCAGCGCAGAGGAAAAAGCAGGCGCAAGCAGUACGCGGGGAAGGAGAUGAAGCAAAACAUGCGGGGAAAAAGGAGGCGGAAACAGCGCGCAGCGAAGUCUGGGACGUUACUGCGCGCGGGGAAGGAGCGGGGGAAGCAACGCGCGAGGGAAGGGGGGAGCGGCGGAAUGGUUUGGCGGGGCAUGGGGAGCAGCAAGGGGGGGUUUAUGGACGGGGUGUGUCAGCAGCUCGUCAUGGGCUUUGGUCCCUUGCUCCUACUUCCCUCUCCUUCCCCUUGUUUUUCUUCCCCCCUUCCUCUCCCUCUGCCCCCCUCCCUGGCAUCCCUUCCCUUCUCCUGCAUCCCCCCAUGCCCAUUCUUGCAGGCAACUCGCAACAGCUGUCGCAACAAUGCACGAGAUGGGAGUGGGGAGAGGUGGAUUUGGAGACGGGCAGUCACUGGCCGUUGAUCUCGCUCGAGGCGAAGGAUCUCAUCCGUCGGAUGCUGGAUGUGGAUCCCAACCGACGGAUUGGAUCGAGCCGUCAGUGCUCGUUGACCGAGGUGAAGGCCAGCCAGUCAAAGCGCAGGGGCAGGUUUAUGAUAUUUUCUGCUCCGUCUUCCCCGGUUCAUGUGGCACAUUGCAUGAAGAAUGAGGGUGGUGUUGGUGGUGCAUCUCGCCUAUCGUUAUUGACCAAGGAUGGGUCAGUGGAUCAAGCUAUGGAGGAUGGUGUUUUGGGGUGUAGUCCGAACUCUGUUCUUGAUG